UUUCGUCUUUUUCCCUAGAAAUAUAAAUAGACUUGCCACAUCCACGUUUAGUUUGUGGUGUCAUAGAGUAAAGCUAUAAUUACAAAGUAUUAAAGAUGGGAAGUAAUGAACAGAUACUGAAAUUGUAUCUCUCCAAGUACAAAUGUGCAGAUCUAGCAAAACAGGACAUUUUGGGAGUAUUUUCCCAAUAUAAAGACUUGAGACCAAGCCACGGACCGUUCAUAUUUAAUGAUGGUUCACGAAAAGAUCUGGUUAACUUAGAUGGAACUAUACCAGUAAAUUAUAGAGGUAAUAUUUUCAACAUACCAAUCGGAAUCUUUCUACUCGACACACAUCCAUACAAGCCGCCUAUAGUCUAUGUGAAACCAACAAAUACCAUGCGGAUAAAACAAGGACCAAAUGUUGAUUGCAACGGUAAAGUAGAUCUGCCAUAUCUCCAAGACUGGAAAUAUCCAGAUUCAGAUUUAUUAGGUUUAAUUCAAUUAUUAUCAAUAGUGUUUGAAGAGGAACCCCCAGUUUUUGCAAGGUCGACCAGUAAACCACAACUUAAUCAGUUCUCCAAACCACAAUACCCAUAUCAAAAAGAAGCUGGACAACGCUCAUGUGCUUCCGCCACAGACCGAAGACUGCUUUGUACGGAGUGUAGAUUAAAUCCGCUAGAAGUAACAAUCCAGCCAUGUGGACAUUUGGCUACUUGCGAAUCUUGUUGUCGACGUCUUAAGAAGCAGCACAAAGAAUGUCCCAUUUGCAGUGGCCCAAUAGACAAUGUCGUGCGAUUGUUUGUGCCAGAGUGACUUAAUAAUAUGCAUGACUAAUUUUAACACUUAUAACAUUAUGCAAUAUGGGAAAGAAAUGUAAUGGAUAUUUGUUUUGUAAUAUAAAUAGAUUGACUGACUUUUUUUUCGCAAAAUAAAACAUUUCAUUCUUAGUGGUAAAAACAUCAAAGCCAAACAUAAGUAUCUAUUAUCAUUAGUUGUGUUGAUAUGUCAAUUGUUUUGUACCUUUAUCGUCAUAAACAUAUAGAAAUUUAAA